AUGUUUUCGAGGAAUAAGCUUGUUGUACUCAAACGUUCCCAAUUAGAAGAGUAUAAACGUAAAUCAUUAGUUGGACAUUGGGUGUUGGUAAAAGAAUCGUGUGAAGACUUACAAAAAGAAAAAGAAAAAUCUUCGAAACAGGGUCGCAGAUGCAGUAGUUCUAGCACAAGAUUCACGGUCGGGAACGUGACGGUCAGGUCGGGCUCGGCAGAAGGUUUCCUGGACAUAUCGGGUGGCGGAUACUUGCACGCGGAAGGCGAACGUUUUGAUGGUGGCUUGUUCGACCGGGUGAACAUCGUGAUCGCGGAUGACAAUCUAUUGCGACUGGAGUCGUUUUACACGUUCACGUCCAUUCAGCGGCUGAGCUUGCGACGCAACCGUUUGAAGUCCGUCAGACCUAUUGAUGGUGAUUUGGCAGAAACAUUAAUUCGUUUGGACGUUUCAGAAAACCAACUGAAUCCAGACGAUAUAUACCACUUGUCCAUAUCAAAACUAGAACAACUUUAUAUGUUGAAAAAUAAUCUGACGGUUAUCCCCGAGAGUAUUACAAAUUUUCAUUGCUUUUUGUCGCUUAAACUACUAGAUUUGAGCGACAAUUACCUGUCAUGUCCCAGGACGUUUUAUAUAAUGUCGACACUGCACAAUUUGCAAGUAUUGAACAUGAGAAGCAAUCGAAUAUCAUUUAUACCUUAUUUGAUAAUGAAACAGGAAUCUGAUUGUAUAAAUGGUAAAAAUCAACCAGAAGCUCACCAGAAUAACGAGGAUAUGGAAAACGAUGCAAAUGAAGAUACAAAAAAGAUUGCAUAUCAUGUAUAUCACAUUCCAUUUGUCAGUCUAAGUACAAUAGAUUUGUCAAACAAUUUGAUAGCUCACAAUUCUUCAGUACUGCCGUUAAUUUGUUGGCCAUCAUUAAAGAAUGUUAUAUUAACAGCAAAUACCAUUAGUUUGAAUAAAAAUUCAAUAGAAUUCAAAAAAUUGUUAUCCACUUUACGUGUGUUCAAUAUUAAAACGAAACGAUAG